CUCCAUUUAGUCGGAAGAAAUUAGUUCCCGAGGCCACAUCAAGCCACCCGAUCUGUUCGGUUGCAAACCAAAAUUUCCCAGCAAUCUGCCAUGCUGAACCUUAAACUUGGAGUGCUCCUCGGAUGCCUUCUCCUGGUGGCUUCUUCCGCUCUGUCGGCGAGUGUUGGUGACUACGAGGAGCUGUGUCGGCUGUUCAAGAACGGCACCAAGGUUCGUAAGCCCGGCACCUGCGACCAGUACAUCCAGUGUUACGAUGGCGACGGCACCGUCCUGACCUGCCCCUCCAACCAGUUCUUCAAUCCCAGCAAGGACGCGUGCGUAGCCACGAUGGACAAUAGCAACAAGUACUGCGGCAAUCGCUGCGAGGGAUUGGAUGGCGAAUGGGUGGCCGAUCCGACCGAGUGCCACAAGUACUUUUACUGCAUGAACGGCGUACCGCUGGAGGGUAUGUGUCCCGUGGGCCAGCACUUCGAUGAGAGCUCUCAGGCCUGCCUGUAUGGCAAGGACUCCAUAUGCGUGGAUGUGAACAACAUUUGUGAACUGGUGGCGGCAGAAACGAAGUUCCGGAACGACAAGGACUGCGGCUACUACUACCAGUGUGACAAGAUCGGGAAGCAUGCGACCAAGACCUGCAUUACAAGCAAGAAGACAGAGUACUUCGAUGUGGAGAGCGGCAAAUGCGUGGAAGCCAAUAAGGUGGAGUGCACCGCCCACUCAAAGGAGAACGUCUGCUCCAUCAGCAAAGAGAUGCAACUUAAGUCCGACAAUGCCACCUGCCGUGGCUAUUUCGUCUGCAAGGCUCUCUAUCCUGUAGUUGACCUGGAUCCCCAGUGGGCGCAGUGCCCCGAGGGCUACUUCUUCGACGAGGAUCGGCAGGUCUGCGGCACGGCCACCUCGGUGGUGUGCACCCACAACAGAUGCGAGGGACGCGGCACGAUGCUGGUGACCAGCAGCAGCAACAACUGCCACAACUACAUCCGAUGCGUGGACAAUAAGGAGGUGACGGAGGAAACCUGCCACUUGGACUACUUCUUCGACGAGACAGUGGAGGCCUGUUCCUCCAAGAUCAUCUAUGAUAAGUGUUGCGAUGACCGGGAUUAGAUUUAGGAAUUCAAUGGUGUACCUAUAAAUAAAAAUUGCAAAUACGAAGUAGUUCUUUUUUCAAAUCUUA